GUAUGAGUGAGGCCAUAUUCCGGGACUACAGCUGAAGCGCUUGUAUAACUUUUGUCGCGAAAAAACAUCGCGGUAGCCAAUGGCUGUCGUAUCGAGAUAGUUAUUCAAACAAUCUGCGGCAUCACUGCAAAUUUUCGGGAGUGAAAACAAGUGAAGUACAAAUUAAAUGGAAAGGGACAAGCCUUUGGCAACAGAAGCAGUGAUGUCUGUGAAAAUCUUCGCUUUCAUCGUCUUGACCCUCUAUGUUGAAGGCGCCCGGUCACAAUGCCAGCCCAGGGACUAUGGCAAAGGCAGCGUGGUGUGCGUCUGCAACGCCACGUACUGCGAUUACCUCGGGGAAGUGAGCCCGGUUCCUCAGGGACAGAUCCUUGUUUUCGAGAGCAACAAGGCAGGACUCAGGUUUUCUAAGACAACCGGCAGCGUCGACGAGCAAUCAGGCGAUCCGCAGAGUCACGAUGACACCGUAACCAUAGUCGUCGACACGUCCAAAACCUACCAGAAAAUUUACGGCUUUGGCGGAGCCUUCACCGACGCCGCUGGCAUCAACAUCAAGUCCCUGCCGAAGAACAUACAGGAAGAUAUCAUUCAAUCUUACUACACCGACAAAGGGCUGUCUUACAAUAUUGGCCGUGUGCCCAUGGCAAGCUGCGAUUUCUCCGUGCGACAGUACACGUACGCGGACACACCAGGUGAUUUUGGCCUGGCAAACUUUUCGCUUGCCACUGAAGACUACGAACUGAAGAUUCCUUUAAUCAAGCGAGCGCUAAAUGCGUCCAAGAAUGCCGUCUGGAUGUUCGCCAGCCCAUGGAGCGGACCAGCGUGGAUGAAGACCAAUGGAAAGCUUUAUCACGGCGGCUUUCUGAUCGGACAUCCCGGUGGACCAUAUUACAAGACGUGGGCAAACUACUUUGUCAGGUUCCUACAAGAGUACGAGCGCAACGGAAUCCAGUUCUGGGGCCUCACGGCUGAGAACGAGCCCACGGCGGGUUUCGACCCAACCUACCCUUUUCAGAGUUUGGGGUUUACGCCUGCGUUACAGCGUGACUUCAUCAAGUUUGACCUAGGACCGGCCUUGGAAAAAGCCGGCUACGGGCCGGACAAGAUCGCACUAAUGAUUCUGGACGACAUGCGGGCGUUCCUUCCAAUAUGGGCUACUGAAAGACAAGGAUGCAGCAAAGUACAUCGCCGGUGUCGCCGUCCACUGGUACUUGGACUCUGUGACAGACCCCGCCAGGUUGGACGAAACGCACGACGCGUUCCCAGACAAGUUCAUUCUCGCGACUGAAGCGUGCAUGGGCGACAAGCCAUGGAUCAAGGAGAAGGUCCAGCUCGGCAGCUGGGACCGCGCGGAAAACUAUUCGCACGACAUUCUUCAGGAUCUGCAACACUGGGUGACAGGCUGGGUAGACUGGAACCUUGCCUUGGACAAACAGGGAGGGCCCAAUUGGGUUAAAAACUUCGUCGACUCGCCCAUCAUCGUGGACGCUGAAGCACGCGAGUUCUACAAGCAGCCCAUGUACUACGCGCUGGCUCAUUUCUCGAAGUUCCUACCACGUGGAAGCAUGCGAGUUGCAUCUAGACAGGACAGCAGUGAUGGCAGCAGCCUGGAAUUCGGAGCAUUCAAGACUCCACAAGGAGCGACGGUCGCAAUUGUGCUCAAUCCCACCACCAGUGAGAGCAACAUACAGUUGAAGGAUGCUUCAAGGGGUACCACAUACAAGAAGACCGUCACGCCACGCUCCAUCAACACAUUUGUAUGGUGGUAGGACAGCACCAUGCGGCAACGGCCACAAGCUAGGAUCUACAUGUCAACGUUAAAUUAAAGUUGUUUCGCUCACUUCAAA